AUGUUAACUAGCAUUCAAGUGUUAACACAGGACAGGGAAGCAUAUAUAAUGGAGCUGAAGAACGUCAAGCUAAACCUACUAUAUGCGAAGGAAGAGCUCCAAUCUAGUAAAUCUAGGAGUGAUAGUUUGGAAAUGGAAAGGCAUCUUGAAGCGGUAAGGCUUUCUGGUUCUUGUACUUCUGGAACUAUCCUCAAAAAUCAAGAGAAUAGUGGAGGUGUCCCCAGAGAGGAUGUUACAUGCUUUGAUGAUGUGACAUGCCGUAAAUCUACUGCCACAGGUGACUCAUUUGUUUUAUUAAACGACAAUAAGGUGAUAAAUGAUUGCAUUGCCCUAGAUAAAGAGUUGAAAAGUGCCUCAUAUAAAAGUAAUGAUUGUAAUUUUGCUUGCAAAACAUGUAUUAUCUGCGGUGACUCUAGUGCAAGAUCCCUAUCUUCUUAUGGUUCUUUGUUAAUGAAGUCAUCACAUAUAUUGAAGGGUCAUGUUUCUGGUCUUGAUGUCAAAAGGCUAAUCGAGAGGGUAUUUUUGUUAUCUUCUGAUUUGACUGAAAGGGUUUGCUUAAAUAAACUCUAA